AGCAAUAGUGUUGUGGAGGAGCUGAAUUGUAGAGUGUGUGGAGGAGCUACGGCCUAACUAGGAAGAGAAAAUUAUUCGGAAAUUCAAAGUUGAAAUUUGGCUUGGUGUUGUUAUGGCUGUCUGUGUAGCCGUAAUAGCGAAUGAGAAUUAUCCUUUGUACAUAUUGACAACAAGUCCACAACCGGAGCUGAAAUUUCACUAUAUUGUGCACACUUGUUUAGAUGUCAUUGAAGAAAAAGCUUCAUCACUGACAAAAGCCUCAAAUGAUCCCAGAGAACUCUACUUAGGGCUUCUAUAUCCAACAGAAGAUUAUAAAGUAUAUGGGUUUGUAACAAAUACAAAAGUCAAAUUUGUGAUUGUUGUUGAAGCAGCCAAUACGUCUUUGAGAGAUGGUGACAUCAGAACAAUGUUCCGCAAGUUACACACUGCAUACACUGAUAUGAUUUGUUGCCCAUUUUACAGUCCCGGCGAUCAGAUUAAAUCAAAAUCCUUUCACAGAUUGGUGACCAGUCUAAUGCAAAAGGAACCGUGAGCUUAUUGAUUAUUUGAAACGUUUUUUUUACAAUAGUAGUUUUAUUGUUUGAAUAUUAUUUGUAAUAAUGAAUUAUUUCUAUGGUGACGCCAAUGUCGAAUAUUGUGUUCCAGAAGAGUUCUUGCAGGCCUAUAAAUAUGUU